UUAUUACAUCACCACAUACAAAAGCAUGCCAAAUUACAAAAAGUAUGAACUGCUCCUAUGCUUGCCACGUCGCGCGGAGAGAGAAACAAAGCCACAACUAAUAACACGCGGAGAAUAAUUUGCCAACCAAUUGUACCGCUCCACAUAUACAUAUUUGUAACAAACAAAAAGAUUUGAUUCUCUCAAAUCAGAAAAAUACAACCAAUUUGAUUCUCUCAAAUCAGCAACAAAAAUCACGACAUUUGUUUUCCAAAAUUGAAAAAAUUACCAAAUACAUUUACGAUUCACCAUCUUCUCCAAAUAUGAACCACCAUUCUUUAUGAACAAAGAAAUCUCAGACCUCAAAAACCAAUAAAUUCUAUUGUUUUGAUUCUUACAAUUAUUUUAAUUAUUCAUAAAUUGAUAGAGACAUCACACUAACAGAUCUGUAUCUCAUUUAUAGAUGGAAUCUCUACUUGUUAUGCUUCAACACAAUAGGAAAUGGAUUGAAGCAAAUAAAUAUGAAGAUUUUGAAGUUAUUGGAAUCAUGGUACCACAAGAUACAUCUACUGGAUAUAAUAUCAAAGAAACUGAAAUUGAAUCUACAAGAAUAGAUAAUUCAGAUCAAGUAUUAAGUUAAGAUUCAAUAUCCACCAUUAAAGAUUACUGAUGAUUCGAGCUUCAAAUUUUACAUGGAAAUCAAAAAAAUGCAGAUAGACUUUACCAUGUACCCUCUUUGCAUAGAUAUUAGUAGUGAUACACUACUGAUACAAGCAAAUCAACAGAGUUCAAGAAGUAUAUCUACAGGUUUUUCAUGUUCAGAUUAUACUAAAAAUAAUCAAAAGCAGAUACAUCUAUGAUACCUCUUCCAUACAGUGUUGAUACCUUCUCAGAAAUAAGAAAGUAUGCUACUCUUCUUGCAAAGGACAGUGCUGAAACAAGCAAUAUGAAGGAUAAAAAAUGGUAACAGAAGAAACAAGUGCACAAACAGUUGCUGAACCAGUGCAAGGGAUAGGAUUAAAAGUUGGUCAAUCUUUCAAAAACAAAGCAGUUCUUCAAACAUGCAUGAGAUUUCACGCAAUCAGUCAUCACUAUCAGUACAAGACUGUAAAAUCAUGUCAAAAGCAACUUUUAUUAAGAUGUAUCAAUGAUACAUGUAAAUGGUAUCUUAAAUCUUCUAGCAGCGGAAAUUCGAAAUUGUUCAUCAUUCGAAACCUGAACAUGAAACACACAUGUCCCGUAGAUACAAGAUUUAACAGUCAGAGACAAGCUUCAUCAUCACAUAUUGCAGACUCCAUCAAACAGAAUUAUGUCAAUUCACUCAAAUUACAGGUAAAACAUUCUACAACUGAAGUGACCACAGUGUUGAAUGGUGGCAUCAAAUACACAGUCAACAUGAAAGAUAGAACAUGCACUUGCAAGAGAUUUGAAAUUGAUGAAAUACCGUGUCAACAUGUCGUAGCAAUUAUCAAUGAAAUGAACCGAGAUCCAUAUCAGUUUUGUUCAAUCUACUACAUGAAAAAAAACUAUGCUAGCAACGUAUAGUGAAACGGUAUUUCCAAUGGCGAAAGAAGAUGAAUGGGGUAUACCACGGCAAGUAAAAGACUUUGUUGUAUCACCGCCGCAACAUAAAAUAAAAAGCGAAAGACCAAAAAAGCAAAGAUUUACAUCUCGUUGAAAAAAACUUACAAAUGGAAAGUGUACUAGGUGUGGUCCAGAUGGACACAAUCGAAAGACAUGUAGA